CUGUAAUAGUCUGUAAUCCGUAACUAAUAUUGACUGGUAUCAUCUUAAUGAAAAGCCUCCCACGUACUACUCCACCUCCCAGGACGCCUGCCUUUGCUCUUUCUGGGCGCAAGGAUGAUCCUGUGUUAAAAACCGAGGGUGUCUUGCAACAAGAGUUAUUAGCACUAUUCCGUACCUCCAACCCUGGCAACAUCAAAUACUACUGGUACUCUUUAUGGGCCCACACCUCCACCGAUCUUGCUGCGGACGUCCCAAAUCUGUUGGUCGCGCCGCAGUUCCCCGUUUGGUUCGUUCCAGAAUGGCAAAGAAGAUGACGAAGACCAUAUUUGAAACAAGUGAGUUAAAUCACGAAAUCCAAGUACUAUUCUUAAACUAUGGUAGCAUAAGCUUGAGCAAACGUUACACGAGUGACGAUACUACUGGAUUCUAGUCAGUUCGGAUUCGGACAAUACACAUGCCACAAUCAUUAUGCGAUAUUAAAGAACCGAAGUAGAUGGUAAGACUGAGCACGUACAAGUCAGUCUCUGAGUGGGGUCUUCCCCUUGUUCCGUUGUUCGGUAGAACGCGGAGAAGAGAGGCGUCAGUCACAUGAUUGAGUUAUACGAGUCGUUGGAUUUGGAUGCCGAGACUCGUAUUGACGACGCAGAAUUCUCGAAGGCUUAAAUGACAAGUUUGCAGGCCUUAGCCAAU